AUGAAGGUUACCAACCCAAUCAUCCCUGGCUUUGCUCCCGAUCCAACCGUUGUUGCCCACAAUGGCACUUACAUCCUCGUCAACUCUUCCUUCCACGUGUUCCCCGGGUUGCCCAUCUACAAUUCCACAAACCUCAUGGAUUGGGAGCUGAAGGGUCAUGCCCUCUGCCGACCCACGCAGCUAUCUCUUUCCAACGCCUUUACCAAAUUCAUCCCCCUGCCUCAUGGCAUCCCACUCAUCAUCACCGGCGGUCUCUUUGCACCAACGCUUCGUCAUUUCGGAAACAAGUUCUAUCUUGUGUGCACCUAUGCUUGGGAGAAAUCCGAUGGGGAACACGAAUUUCAGAAUUUCCUGCUUAGCUGUCAUGAAGACUCGAUAUUCUCAGAUGACGGUUGGUCAGACGCGGUGCCAUUCGAGUUCCCCGGUAUCGAUCCAGGGUUGUUCUUCGAUGGGAUGUCCGGAAAAGCAUACCUUCACGGCUCUUACCGUACUGGGCCUCCAUGGGCGCCAGAUUGCUCGAUUCGCCAAUUCGAAAUCGAUGUUGAGACCGGCACAGCUCUGUCUGAUACCAAAUUCCUCUGGAAGGGUGCCGCCGGAAAGGACGAUGCCGAGGGGCCGCACAUAUACUUCAAAGAUGGCUGGUACUACCUGUUAACUGCAGAAUCUUCGACCUUUGAGGGUCACCAGAUUAACAUGGCAAGAUCCAAAGAUAUCUGGGGACCGUACGAUGGCUGUCCGAGCAACCCAUUAUUGACGGCAUUUGAGAAAGACGAAGCUGUCCGUUGGACUGGUCAUGGCGAUUUGUUCCAAGACACCAAGGGAAAUUGGUUCUGCGUCCAUCUUGGAAUACGACAUGAUGACGACAAUGUUCAACGUCAUCCACUUGGCCGCGAGACGUUUCUUACCUCGGUAGACUGGCCCGAGGAUGGAUGGCCUACAAUUUCCCAAACUAAGCUGAGCUUAGAUAUUGGUCUGGAAGCACUACCGGGGAAGCAUGAAGGAUACAAGGGACUCAAUGAACGUGUAGAGGAUCUUUACAUCCGCACACCCAUCCCUUCGAAUUACUCAUACUCUCCAGAGGAAAGCAUCUACUCCUUGCGCGCUCAGACCUCAAAUUUAGCCAGCACUUCUGGUACAUCCACUUUCGUCGGCAGGAGGCAAAGAUCCCUCUCAGGAUCAGCUUCAACAACAAUACGCAUAGCUUCCGAUAAAGCCGCGGGAGUCCCACUGGUAGGAUUGGCAGUGUACAAGGAUAGCCUGCGACAUGUAGUCAUCCAAAUCGAUCCGUUAGAACGCAAAGUGUCUUCCAUCUUGGUCGCAAUCAAAGACCAGAAGGCCGAAUCGGUUGUUUUGGGCUCAGCCGCUAUACCCGAGUCUACUGAUAUGGUUGAGCUCCGCAUCCAAUCCAAACCUAACAACUAUGAACUCCUCUGGCGAGUCCCAAGUCUUGGAGAAAAGAACAACUGGCAAAGUCUUGGGGGCGUAGACCCUGUGCUGCUUUCGGGCUACGACAUGACGGGGACUUUGUACGGCAUUUUCGCGAUUUCGAACAGUACAUUAAGUUCGGCAGGGAAUCAAUGGGCGAAGUUCAAAGACUUUGUGAUCGAAUAGUGUCGAUUUUCAGUGUCCAGCCGCACAUUGAUCGAACGCUUGUGUCUACGCCAACCUGUCAUGUUCCUUCAAGUGGGUCAAAAUACCAUGUAGCUACAUUGCCCAUAGAAUCGUAACUCAAAGCAUCGCGAAACCGCAUUACAUGCAUUUUGCCUGUUGGUAAAUACUUGGUUUGCGAGAGAUCUUGCAUUUCC